AGUGCUUUACACUGUAUGAGACAGCCAUGGCAAUACAGAACCACCACUGUAAACUCAGCAUCAACAUGUUGGUGCUUUUCGCCGUGGUCGUAUCGUUGUCACUUGCGUCCGCAUUUGCGGACCGUGUGCCGCGCACCUGUGGCACUUGCGAACCCAGCGUGUGCGACCCUCUUCCAGAGGAGGGCUGCAAGUCUGGCACGAUUUUUGACUCCUGUGGUUGUUGUUCACUUUGCGCGUCUGGAUCCGGGGAGCCAUGUGGGGGGCGCGGAGCCACAGCCAAGCGUUGCGCCUCUGGACUGGAGUGCGUAAAGAGCGACAAGGACAAAAAGACUAAGCUCGGCGUUUGCGCCUGCAAGACCAACUACGAAGUGUGUGGCUCGGAUGGGGUGACUUAUAAAACUGGUUGCGACUUGAAAGUUGCCAGCCUGAAAGCGGUGAGCGAGGAGAAGCCUGAAAUCAAGAUCCUGAAUAAAGGAAAAUGCUCAACAGCACCUGUCAUUGUCACAUCCCCUGGUGAGGUCUACAAUGUCACAGGCUCCCAGGUCUACCUGAGCUGCGAGGCCAUUGGAAUCCCCACCCCUGUGAUCACCUGGAAGAAGGUCACCAGCGGAAAACAGAGAAUGGAGCUGCUUCCAGGAGACAGAGACAACCUGGCCAUUCAGACCCGUGGAGGACCUGAGAAACAUGAGGUCACGGGCUGGGUCCUGAUCUCGCCGCUCACCAAGGAAGAGGAGGGUUCGUACGAGUGUCACGCUGUCAACGUCAAGGGAGAAGCCUCAGCGGUGGGCACCAUUCACGUGGUGGAGUCCAUCGAUGACAUCCCUGUCAAGAAAGUGGCCAAGGAUGAUGAGCUGUAAGGCGUCUCAGCACAGCAGGGACUCAGUGGUGGAGAGGAGGGAGCAGCCCCAAGCCCCCCAUCCUCGACUAUCCCACCGCUGACACAAGUAGACUUGCACACUGACUGAGAAAGAGGACCAACACCCAUUAUUAGCAUCACAGAGAUCAAUCAUAUUUAUAAUUGAUUUGCUAUUUGAUAACAAGUCACAGUUUUCAUAGUUAUAUUCAGUAUACUGUGUAUGCACAAACAUCAAAAUUGCAUCUCACGGCAUUGAAAGUUACCAUCGUAGACAUCCACAAGACACAUCUAGGCCUCUCACACACAUUAUUUCUUCUCAGUGGCAUCACACACAAGUCAUUCUUUAAUAUGUACAAGUAACUGCCAAAAUAAUUGAAACACUUGAGUAAAUGAGGGAUACAAAGUAUAUUGAAAGCAGGUGUGGUUCCUGA